GUCUCUUUUAAUUUCCUUCUUGAUUGGGAUACAGAUGUUUCACUUGGUAGCUGCCUCGGCCCAUUCUUCCUUUCUUUACCCAUCAUGCAAUUCUUUGGUGGUAAAGGCCGCUGGAGAAGUGGCCCUUGACAAGCUCAAUGCCGAUCGGUCAGAAGGCUACGUUCUUGCCUUCCAGCGCAUUUUUGAUGUCCGCGAAAUACCCCAGCGGCAUGGCGGUUCUCUUUUCUACAUCAACAUGGAUGUGUUAGAAACGGGCUGCCAUGUCCUGACUCGGAAACACUGGAAAGAAUGCAAGAUUAGAGACAUGCACGAGACGGUCUAUGGCCAAUGUAACGUAGUAAUUCACUUCAACAGAAAUUCGGAUGGUUCACACUUGUACAGUUAUCGCUGUGAUUUACGCCCACUUUGUAGUUCGAUUAUUCUGCGUCUUUGUCCCGAUUGCCCAACACCUGGAAAUACUUCUGAAGCCCAUUUUCAGCAGACAGCAUUGGAGACGCUGGCCAAAUUCAACGCUGAAAAUAAUCAUUUUCAUUACUUUGCCCUUGUUAAAGUCACCAAAGCCAGUACACAGUGGGUCAUUGGUCCUUCCUACUUUGUGGAAUACCUCAUGCAGGAGACUUCCUGUCGCAAAAGUCCACCUGUGUCUGACAUCACUCAGUGCUCCCUCCUCCCAGUUGAAACCGCAGAAAGAGGUCUAUGCAAAGGUUCUGUGAUGAAAGAUGAAGUAGAAAAAAAGAAAUUUGUCACUGUGAAAUGUGAUUUCUUCCCACGCCCGCCACCAGGAACAGGUGAACAGAUUCCACAAUCCACAUCUAGACCUGGGCAGGAGGAGCAUCAGGACGAUGGGGAAAGACCCAGAGAUCGCCAUGAAGAGAGUCGACACCAUCAUCGCCCCUCUCGUCCCCACCACCACAAACAUCGUGGACAGGAUCAGGAAGUCCAGAAGCCACACCAGCCUCAACCCACAGCUGGCAUCCAAGAGACACAAUCAGAGCAAAAGAAACCCGUGGGCAAAGUGAUCAUCCACCCUCCUUCGAGCGAACAUCCAUUACCGGAAGGGCAGGAGCCCAAUCCAACCUCUGGCCCUACUGUUGCUUCUCCAGAACAGGAAGCUGGUCUCACUCAACAAUCAGACCAAUGUCCAGGAGACGCUAUAGUAAAAAUCCCUGGCCUUGAGCUGCCUUCACGGCCAAAGGCUGAAACUUCCUAAACGAAGAGUGAUGUACAACGCUGAUAGCUUUAAUUCAGAGGAAACAAGAGCAAAAACCCUCUGGAUGAGCAGGAAAACAAAGGAAGGGAAAACAUGCUAGAGCUCUUUCAUUACCAAAAAGGAUCUGGAAAUGUAGACGUAGCAAGUAUUAAUAUAU